AUGAAUUCUGUGUUGGCACGAUUCGAUAAGGAUAUUAAACCUAAUAAAAGUGAUUACCAAGGGGGAUUAAUCAUAUCAAAUUCGGAGAACUGGUUUCAGACAACCGAGCGUCCAUUACGGCAAUGGUACACAGGUAUGGACAGAGCAGAAGAGGAUGGGGCAGCAUCCAAUGGAGAAACAAAUUGGGUGGGAUGCAGCCGCCUAGCAAUAAAGAGAGGAAUGUUAGCUGAUACAUCUGGAUACCAAAGACGUAUAUCGGGAGGGGAGGGAAGCCAAACUAGCCCCAGCAUCGGAUUCGAGGCAAGAGAAAAGUUUGUGUUUGCGUUUUAUCCAGAUGAAUGGGAAAAAACUAUGCAUAAAGUCGAGUCGGUCAAAGUGGAUCCGCAAAAAAUGAGAUUAAAAAUAGAUUAUGAAAAUAGGCAAGGCCGCGACAGCGGUUGUCAUCAGGAUCAAUAUUACAUUCCUAACCUGGAUUACCGCAGACUAGGAGGAUCUGACGAAGGGGAAAGAAGAAAUGAUAUUUGUGCAAAAAGUGAGAAAAGGCGAGUCGAUCUAAGCGUGGUGAAGCGGCAGGUUGAGAUGCUGAAUAAGAAUCAGAUUCAAAGACGGGUAAAGGAGGAACUCAGCAGCGCCAACCUAAGUGAGAUUCAGCAUCAAGGAACUCUGACAUUCGAACUCAGUCCUAAAAGCGUAUGUGUAGACACAAAUGGAGAGAAAAAUAAUCGCAUAGGAGGUCAACAGCGGAUGGAGAACCCAAGAAUAUGCAGGGAUCCAAUGGGUAGGCGCAGGAUUUUUUUGCCUAAGUCAACAGAUUGUGUUAUUACAAAGCAUGAGAAAAUUAUUCAGACAAACUGCUUAUUCAAAAAGACAGAAGGACUGGCUAAGUCCAAACUGAGAGAGAGCUGGCGAGGUAAACGAGGCCCGACAAGAUCAAGAAUAUAUGCUGGUGGUCAAGCAGCAAUAGCAGAAACAGCAGCAGAUUGGCUUCUCGGUGGACAGCUAUUCAAGAAUAUAAGGCGGCAGCUUCGGAGAAAGAAAACACACGUGGUUGGAGGAAAUUUACCAGUAACUUGCAUGCCUACAGUGAGAACAUUAGUGCCUGCGGAGACUGACUCAGAUAGACUAUUUAUAGCGGUCGUUCCGCCAAGCCUGGCUAACGUAUUCUACCGCUCCAGACCAUGGCCAGAGAAACAAAAAAACGAAUAUAAGUCACAACCUAAGACA